AUGCCGAUUGCAAAAGGUCGACCUUUUUCCUACUGUUAUUGCCGUGGCAUUUAUAGCAAAAUGGCUCGAUUUUAUUCUGUCGGGUCACGGAUAAGCACAACCAGACGAAUGCUGAAAACACAGAAAAAAACACUCCUGAAAGAUAUGGGUGUUCGUGCAGAACUGACACAGUUACUGAAUGCCCGCCUUAGCCAACUGAAGGGCUCCAGUGAUGAAUUUCAUGUCUUGUGGACUGCUCAUCAUGAAGGCAGGUUUGAAGAUCGCUGGACACAGAGUGGCGGUGGGGGUUUCUUUGAACGUCCCAAUAUCAUUGAGAGGUUCUCAGAAGUUGUUCCACCCAAUGACAUGACCCCAGCAUUUGUAGAGAAGCUAAUGGCUACUCAGGUUAGAGUGUCUGACCUAAUCAAGGAUAAUCAGCAAUUAUGGUUGGAUGAUGUGAAAUCCUUUUCAAAACAGAUGAAACAAGCCAGCACCAAGGAAAAAGUGAACGUGUCUCUGGAUAAGCCGUUAGAAUCUUCGUUUGCCAAAAGUGAUCUUGAACAAAAGGAACCAGAGUCCAGUCAGACAACUUCGGUACCAGCUCCUCAUCUUUUACAGCACCAAAGAAAAAAGGAAGCAUCUCCUCCGCCUCAAAUGGAUAAGGAAGCUGAAAUCAAGCCUGAGAAGAAAACGAAUACCAAGCCUGAGACAGGGGUCAAAAGAAUCAAAGAGGUUGGUCUUGUCUCAGAACUGAACACAACUUACCAGGCUAACCAAGAUGCACCUAGUGAUGCAACAUCUUUCUAUGUCGAUGACAGCAACAAGGUGAAGCCGACAUCCAUUCUGAAAGGAACUGCCAAAGCUCCAUAUAAGAAACCAGUUUCUUGUGCAAAAGGACAAGAUGUCCAAAAAACUAAACGUGAUACUGUGAAGUUGAAUACUUUUUUCAACAACGAUCUUGAGGCCUACAUCAAUGCAUGUAUUUUCACAGGAAUGAUUGACAAAGCGAUGUCAACCCUGAAAUUUUACUCGUAUAUCUACCUGCAGUCACCAGGAGAUCCGAUUUACCGUGUCAAUAACAUCAGCAUCUAUAGUUCCUUGAUGCAUGCAGCUGCGAAGAAAGGCAAAUUUGGUCCUUUACAAGUUUUAUUCCAGCAGAUUAGGAAGAAUGGUCUGGCGCCUUCAUUGCAAUGUUAUGCUGCAUGUCUGGAGUGCCUUGCCCGACAAGAUGUCAUGGAUAUUGAACUAGGACAACAUAUUAUAUCUGAUCUCCGAAGAGAUGGUUUCAGGGAAGAAGACAUCUUCAAUGCCUGUAUUUUCAGAAGGGAUGAGAGACAAUAUGUCUUAAAGGCCCUGAAGACCCUUAACUCUAACUUUGAACCUCGACAUCCAGAAAGUGAAACAGGUUACAGAGGACAUCUGCUUGAAAAAUUGAAUUAUCCUCUACCUCCAGAUCAGAUGGUGGAAGCAAACCCGUACGUUGGUGUGGUAGACAAUGAAUGCCUUUUCCAGCAAAUGGAAAAACAACAAAACAAGGAACAGCAGGACAAUAUAAAAAUCAAAUCAGUUGUAAAGGAGACGGUUGACAAACCACGAAUAAAUGAGAAUGCAGCAAAAUUUUUAGAGUCUUGGAAGAAGACUUUGCUUGAAGGGUUUAACCGAAAACUGUCUUUUUACGAGAAGCAGAAAAGAUCUGACAACCGAAUGAGUCUCUACCCAUACAUGAAGCUUUUCUCACCAGAUGUUUAUGUUAACAUCAUGUUAGAAGAAGCAACAAAAUUAGCCACAGACUCUGAAACCUUCAGUCCAAGUCUUGGAUUUUUAUGGCAAAGAAUGGGGAACCGAAUAUAUUAUAAGUACCUUAUCGAAGACAAGAUCAAUUCUCUUGUAGCCAAAAAGAUUGGUCGAAUCCUGUUUGAUAUUAUCCUCUAUGAUUUGAAGAUCAACAAUUCAAAUAUUAAAGACCAGACUCACCACCUCAUUCCUGCUUUCUACACUGUCUAUAGGAAUUACAGUUAUGUGACAAAAGAAGAAGUGAAACCUCAUCCAAGAACAAUGAAAUUGUUCCAGGCUACCAUGAAUCCCGAAUUGUCAUUUGAUGCUGUUGCUUUACCAAUGUUGAUUCCACCAGUGCCAUGGAUUUCUGUGAAUAUUGGUUCAAACUUAUUGGCGUCUACGAAAUUGAUUCGUCUCCCAGAGUCUAUGAGUAAGACAAAUAGCAGCACCAUUUUGCCAGACGGAGGCCUUAGUGCUGUCUUUGAUGGUCUUAAUGCUCUCAGUGCCUGUCCUUGGAUCAUCAAUAAACCUGUUUUAGAUCUCAUCAUUAAUGUUUUUAACAACAAAGGAAACAAGAAGUUGGAUAUUCCUCCACCAGCUGCAGAAUGUCCACCUUUACCAAAAAUUACACAUGAUAUGACUGUCCAUUGCAAACCACGUAAGUUAAUUCUCCCUCUCUCUCUCUCUCUCUACUCCAUUGUUCUCUCCUCUUUCCUUUCUUUCUUGCUCCCUCUUUCCUCCCCCUUUUGUUUUUCUCCCUCUCAUGUUGAUUCUUCCUUUCUCUGUUUUUCCUCCUUUCUUCCUCCCUUUUUCCUCCUUCCUCCCUCUCUCCCUUUUUCCUCCUUCCUCCCUCUCUCCCUUUUUCCUCCUUCCUCCCUCUCUCCGUUUUUCCUCCUUCCUUCCUCUCUCCGUUUUUCCUCCUUCCUCCCUCUCUCCGUUUUUCCUCCUCCCUUCCUCUCUCCGUUUUCCUCCCUCCCUCCAUUUUUCCUCCCUCUCUCCUUUUCCCUCCUUCCUCCUCUCUCCCUUUUUCCUCCUUCCUCCCUUUUCCUCCUCCUCCCUCUCUCCCUUUUCCUCCUCCCUCCCUCUCUUUUUUUCCUCCUCCCUCUCUCUCCUUUUUUCCUCCUCCCUCCCUCUCUCCCUUUUUCCUCCUUCCUUCUUUCUUUGUUAUUCGUCCCUCCCUAUUUUGUUUACCCUCUUCACUACCUUGUUGAUUCUUCUUUCCUCCCUCCCUUUUACCUCCUUCCUUAA